AAAUUCUCAAACAGGGGGUGGUGCUGAAGGUCACUGCUGGGAGGGGGGGCUGGACUCGAGCUCUGUGUGCCCCAUGCAGAGCUGCUGGACAGGCUAAAGCAGCUGCCAGCUCCAACGUGGACAUCAACAGCCUCAGGAAAAUGGGGUUCCUCUGGGGGCUGCUCUGCCUGGCUGCUCUGCACAGCCUCCCAAGGCUGGCACAUGCCAUUGACCAGCAGCGUCUCUUCCUGGACAAGGAUGGGAAGCUGAGGGAUGUGAAAAGUGCUGGAAUUGCACAGUGGGAUUUGCCAGAAGCCAUCCCAGCCCUGCCAGAGGGAAAGAUGGUAGAAUUUAGUUAUGACAGCUUCCAGGAGAAUGAUGGACCCAUGUCAACAUUCCCCACCACCCUGCCAGACACGAGGCAUGACUGGAACUCAGAAGAUGAAGCCGUAACUGGGGCUGGGGGUUGUCAUAGGAAGAAAUCACCUGGGGAAAAUGCCUCUUCUGAAAAGGAAGGAGAGGCUGGAAAUAAAAGCUGUGAGAUGACUUGGAAGAAGAGCCAGAGGCUGGCAGAUGGCUUGAUGAGAUUCAGCAUUGAUCUCCUGAGAGAGGUGGAGCUGGAGUCCAACAGAACCAACGUGAUCCUGUCCCCCUUCAGCAUCGCCCUCGCCUUGUCUCACCUGGCCCUGGGAGCAGAAAAUCAGACAGAGAAGCAUUUGCUGGAGGUGAUGCACCUGGAGUCAGUGCCCUGCCUCCACCAGAUGCUGGGCACCCUUCGCAGGAGGCUCACAGAGUCCACCCUCAGCCUGGGGUCACGUCUGUACCUGCAGAAAGGGUUUGAGGUCAAAGAGAAGUUCCUGGAAGAUUCAGAGAAAUUCUAUGGAGCAAAGCCCAAGACCCUUUCUGGGAUCAGUCAGGACGACCUCAUGGCCAUAAACAACUGGGUAAAGGAUGUCACUCAUGGAAAAAUUCCCUCCUUCCUCCAGCAGCUCCCUCAAAACACAGUGAUGCUGCUGCUCAAUGCCAUCUAUUUCCACGGGUUUUGGAAGAAUAAAUUUAAUGCAAGUUUCACUGGGCCAGAUGUGUUCCACCUUGACAAUGAGUUUGUGGUCCCAGUUGAGAUGAUGAAAGCCCACCAGUACCCCCUGAGCUGGUUUACUCUGGAGUCCCAGGAUAUUCAGGUGGCCAAGUUUCCCUUCAAGAGCAAUGUGAGUUUUGUGGUCAUUGUACCAAACCACAACUCCAGGGACACCUCUCACGUGCUGGAGAACUUCCCUUACAAACAACUGUGCAGGCUUUUCCCCAGAGAGGUGCCCACCACGGUGAAGAUCCCCAAAAUAAAGUUGGACUACCAGCUGGAACUCAACCAGGUUCUCAGCCAAAUGGGCCUCCAGGAGCUGUUCACGAGCCCCAAUCUCCAGAAGAUCACAGAGAAGCCUCUCUUUGUGUCCAGUGUACAGCACCAGGCCACCCUGGAGCUUAAAGAAGAUGGGGUGGAAGCAUCUGCUGCCACCAGUGUCAUGCUGUCACGCUCAGUCUCUGCCUUCAGCCUCGACAGGCCCUUUAUCUUCAUCAUCUUUGAGGAUGAAACAGGGAUCCCACUUUUUAUUGGCAGUGUCCAGAACCCCAACCCAGAUGCUGUUCCCCAGAUCCAAGAGCCACAGGACUCAGGUGAAGCCGCAGAUGCCGACAAGCACCGCGUGCCCAAAUAACAGAGGGCACAGCUGAGUGUUCUGGGACUCCUGCCUGACCCUCUGGACCAGCUGGGAGAGGCCACAGGGGGCAAUUCCUUGCUGUUUUCCUUUCCAGAUCCCUAGAGACCAGUCCUGGGAUUUUUUGAGCUUCUCCAAGCUGAGGCUCCCUUCUGUUGAACCUGAAAAGCUUGUUCUGCCUGGAUUUCCCUUCCAGGGCUCUCAGUCAUGGAAGGGAGACUUUCUUGUCCCCAGACUGUUAUUAGAGUCUUCAUUAAGAUCUUAUUAGAGUCCCCUGUAGCCUGGAAUCAUCAUUAGCAUCUGGCAGCUUGGACAUCAGCCAGGGCUGUCUGAACGUGGCUCUUCCUUCCGCAGUUCCUGGGAACACGAAUCCCUCCGUGUUCCUCUGAAAACCAUCUGUGCCCACCUAGACAAUGACCUCCAGAGCAACUGGACUAGAAACCAGUUGUCUUCUCUAGGAUGAGUCACAGCCACUUCCAGGCAUGGGUUCUUCUCAAAGAUUCCCUUUUCCCACUCCUUGGCUAUUUGGAUCUGAUGUAGGAGGCUCUGCUGUAGGAAACCCCUCCCUUUGGAUCCUUCUUUCCAGCCUUUCUUCUACAGGCUGGGUAAUUUUCCCUCUCCAGCCCUUCUUCUAGAGGCUGGGUAAUGCUAGAUUUUUCAAGGGAUAUUUUAUAAAGUGUUUUUUAGUAAUUUUUAUGUUGGCAGAAUAAUAAAGAAUAAAGCAGAAAGUA